AUGCUGAAACCAGCUGCGCCCUUUGCUGUUGGAGGAAUGAGAAGAGAAGAAGAAGGGACAGAUUCAACAAACUACACUGACUCAUUUGACUCAUCUCCAGUUGGAUCUCUCUCCCGCACGCAGAAAGAAAGCUCAUUGCCAACGCAGUUCGCCUCUGUUCGACACGGUUUGACUGGAACAAACUUGGAUGGUGCAUGCACCAAAGUCGAGACUCUGAACUUAACGAUCAAAUCCCCUGAAUUAGCCGUGGAAGCUGAUGGCCAAUCGUCUACGAUUGCAUUGAUAUGGGUAUCAGAACAGCGAGAAUAUCGGCUGUGCAGUCUGCCAAUUAAUCCUUUCGAGCCAGAACUAUUCACAUAUCUGAGAUGGCAUGACUCCAGGACCGACGCUACACGGCACAUAGUAUAUAUCUACAAGAUCGCCAUUCGCGGCUUCUGCUUCCCCCAGACAGCAUUAUUGCCUCGCACCAGCCUCGUCUGUACGAUGAGCGCCUCCAGCUCCCCGCCCGGCCACCGUUCCGGAUCCCACUCCCCCCGACAGGCGGACACCACCUACCACCCUGCCCCCGAGUGGCCGGAUGACGAGGAGGACCGGGACAUGGACGACGAGCCUGAAUCGGACCGCUCGGAGGAUCGAGAGUACCACGACGAGGACGAGGACGAGGACGAGGACGACGAAGACGAAGACCACGACGACGACGAUCUAUUUCAUGAUCCCGAAUCAGGCCUAGGCGACAUCCAGUUCGAGUUCACCAUGGAGUCUUCCGAUAACGAGCACGCGGGAGAAGGAGGCCAGCAGGCCAGACGAACUCGGGUGACGCGAAUCACAUCCGCGCAGGUCCUCCAGCUCCUCGGAGCAAACGGCCUUCGACGAAUCCUCCAGUCGCAAGGGUUACUGGCCGCGGAUGACGACGAUGAGGACUACGGCCUGCAUUAUGGAUACCGCGUUCGGAGACGGCGACGAGAGCGGCCGGCCGGGGAUAUCUUCCCCAAAGUUCCCAGCGACGUUGGUACGGAAUUGAUGGGGUCUGGCCUGUAUGGCAGCAACCCCCACUAUGUCGACGAACUGAAGAAGCGCAAGAAGAGACUGGCCACGAAGCUGAUGUGGCGUGAAUUGGGCAUUGGGACGGCGGGCGCUCAGAAACGGGAUGUCCGGUCGAUAUUCCAGGAUAUGAUCCCAGGUUCGAAACCAGACAAGAUCAUCCACUUCGACUCGAGGUGCUAUUCCGGACAGUUUUCCGACGACGGCAACUUCUUUUUCUGCUGUUCGCAGGACUUCAAAGUUCGCAUGUACGACACAUCGAAUCCGUUUGACUGGAAGUACUACAAGACGGUAGAUUAUCCAUUCGGUCAAUGGACCAUCACGGAUGCGACCUUGAGCCCCGACAAUAAAUACCUGGCCUACAGCUCCAUUCGACACCUGGUCUGUCUGGCACCGACGGAUCCAAACGAUCAAUCUGACCCCAUUCUCCUUGAUUUCUCCAACAUGGGGCGCAGGAGAGGUGGAGGUCAUUACGGAAAUUCGCAUUUUGGAAUAUGGUCUCUUCGAUUCUCGGGAGAUGGCCGAGAGAUUGUUGCCGGCACGUCAGACCAGUCUGUGGUCGUCUAUGACAUUGAGACAAGACAGACUAUUCUCCGACUUCAAAACCACGACGAUGAUGUGAACGCAGUCUGUUUCGGUGAUGCCUCGUCUCCCCACAUCCUCUACUCGGGCUCUGAUGACACCACCUUACGAGUCUGGGACCGGCGAUCGAUGGCCGAUGGUCGAGAGGCCGGAGUGUUCAUGGGCCACACUGAAGGCCUGACCUAUGUUGACAGCAAAGGCGACGGUCGCUACGUGCUGUCCAACGGCAAGGACCAGAUGAUGAAGCUGUGGGACCUGCGAAAGAUGAUGACGACGGCAGAAUUCGAUAAGAUCGACCCUCGACGAUAUACGACCGGUUUCGACUACCGAUUCAUGCAAUAUUCAGAAGAGGACUACGAACCGCAUCCCCACGACUGCUCGAUUGUGACAUUCCGGGGGCACCGAGUGCUCAAGACGCUGAUUCGGUGCCACUUCUCGCCUCCUGGGAGCACCAACUCGCGGUACGUGUACAGCGGCAGCGAGGAUGGGAAGGUCUACAUUUACAACCUGGAUGCGACGCUCGCGGGGACGAUCGACGUUGGACAGGCCACCGUCGAUUCGAGGCCACAGGACCAGGAUAUUUUUGCCACUGCGUAUGAAAUGAGAAGUGGCGAGAUGCGCUGGAGAACCUGUGUCCGCGACGCGAGCUGGCACCCGAAUGCACCCGUGUUGGCCGCAACAUCCUGGAACGGCUGGGGCAUGUCGACCGGAACGUGUACAAUACACACGUGGAACGACUCGGCCGCGGAAGACGAAGGCGAGCCGCCGAUGGGCAUGAGCUACACGAACAAACUCGAGUACUCGCGCGAGUUCAACGACUUCCGGGAGACGAUCCGGCAGUAUGAUAGAAGCCGAAGGCAAAGAGGAUUGAGAGACGAGGAGGCGGCGAUGGGGCUGUCAUACUGA